GACCAUUGAGACUGGAGAGAGAAAAGGAGGGAGGGGAGAGGAAACGUUGCAUGCUGAAGAGCGGGAGGUUGGGUUGACUCGACCCAUACAUUUCACAUUUAGAAUCAUUUCUGAUACAUUUAUUUUGCAGAUAUUUGUUAGAGUUAGAACAACAUAUAAGCUAWAUCGUAGUUGUUUAUUGACUGAAAACAAGGAGUUGAUUGUAUACGGGUGAGUUGCUAGCCAGCUAGUAGCUAACUAGCGCCCGCCCCGACCGCAGCAUCCGCACCGAAGCACUCCGUUAGCAAACCAUCAUUGGUCGCACACGCACAUCGGAGCCGUGCAGCCUCCGUGCGCGAGGGAAUAUUCUGGUUAUAUUGGCAACAAUUAACCAUCAUCAGAGACCUCCAGGAUGAGUGGUGAUGAGAUUAACCCCGCAGCAGUGGCCCAGGCAGUAGAGGACGUACAGGGAGAUGACCGCUGGAUGUCCCAGCACACACGGUUUGUUCAGGAGUGUAAGGACGCGGAGCCGGAGGUGCUGUUUAUAGGAGACUCCAUGGUGCAGCUAAUGCAGCAAUACGAGAUCUGGCGGGAGCUUUUCUCUCCACUGCACGCGCUCAACUUUGGAAUCGGGGGAGACACCACCUGUAAUGUGCUGUGGAGGCUGCAGAAUGGAGAACUGGACAACAUCAGGCCCAAGGUGACAGUGGUGUGGGUAGGAACCAACAAUCACGAGCACUCAGCUGAGCAAGUUGCAGGGGGAAUCCUUGCCAUUGCACAGCUGCUCACCUCCCGUCUUCCUAAGACUAAGGUUGUUGUUCUGGGUCUGUUGGCAAGGGGUGACGGGCCCAACCCGCUGCGGGAGAAGAACGCGGCGGUGAAUGGCUUCCUGCGCUCCUGGCUGCCGCGGCUGGGCCAGGCCCAGUUCCUGGACGUGGGGGCGGGCUUUGUGCACUCUGACGGGACCAUCUCCACACGGGACAUGUUUGAUUUCCUGCACCUGACGGCGGCAGGCUACCGGGCCAUCGCCAAGCCCCUCAGUGACCUACUGCUGCAGAUACUGGAUGAGACGCCUGAGGAGAAGAGGGCCUCGCUGGUCUGAGGGCCACACCCCAGGGGCCACACAGCCAGGGACAUGCUUCACUGACUCACUCCUUCUGUUGGGUAGUAGCUGGAAGUUUCCCCAAACCACUAUUCCAGGGUCUGGUCCUAGAUCUGUGGUUAGGGGCGACUUCUACCUGGAGUCUCUACUGGGAACAGGGGAGGGGGGAUAGUCAGGGGUGAGGCAUGCUCCUGUCUUGGGAAGGGGUCAGAUCAAGAUAUGUCACUCACAUGAGGGGGCUGGGCCAAGCAGAGAGAAUGGGCACUCUCAUGUGAGUGGAACUGAAACUGCAGGAGGGAGAGUGCAUGGGAUCAUGUGCAUGUGUGCGGGGUGACUGUGUGGAGAGAGUCAACAACUUCCAGAGAGAUAUACGUACAUGCUGUAGCAGCAACAGUAGCACUCGCGGUCAGAGAGAUCUGAUAGUGGGAGGAUAGAGAGAGAGAUGGGACAUUUCUGAAGUACACCUGCACAAGCAUUAUAGAGAGGCCAAUGGCACACAUGCAUAGACCCCCCAAAAAACACACAGACACUGUAGUAGACUGUAAAAUGUCAGUUUUGCCAUUAUGAAAUGUAAAGUAGCUUCCUACUUGGUCACAGCUUAGCUGCACAGUAAUAAGCACUCCUAUGCAUUCUCUCUCAGAAAUCAGUUUGAGUUGGCUCCAUAUGCCCCAACAGACUUCUUAAAAGCUCUUAAUCGCCAUCUGAGGACCAGCUAGGAAAUCUUCUCUCCUCCCCCUCUCUCUGCUUUGACACACACACAGCAGUGAAGUCAAAGCUAUCUUCCUGUAACGGCCUUCUGCCAUACACACACUGUCAGACACUGCCUCUCUUACACAUAGAAAAAACUGUGUAACUAAAAUCCCUGCACUUUCUCUCUCUCUCCUGCUCACUCUCUCGCCGCUCUUCAUUUCUGUCCUUAUUUUGUCUUGUUGUGUAGUAUACAGAACCCCCACCCAGCCCUGGCCACACUACCACCUGCCUCCUAACACAUGAUAUUGUCGCAGGACGACUUAAACAGUAGCAUCAUGAUAAAGCUAUUGACACACAACAUUGAUUGAAUUACUAGUCUACUACACUAAAAACCAACCACAGGUCACAGAGAAUGUCAUGUGUUUGACCUUUCAACCCUGUUUUGUUUCCUGGUGCAGUUGAACUGAAGUGGUUAGAGGUCCUCUUGCUGAGCAUCGACUGCUGUAAUGUUAUAACCGUCUACACGUAUUCUUCUUGCGCUAUGUUGAUCUACAUUCUGUAUAAGCGUGUGUGUGUGUGUGUGUGAGUAAACCUUAAACAUAGCUGGAGGUGAGAAGUGUGUAUGUCACUUAUGUUUGAGUCUGUGCAUUGGUUGUAUGACCUGUUUCGAAAUGGCCCAUUUGUAUAUAAUACAUAUAUYUGUGUGUGUGAAGCUUGGAUAGAUGGCCUUGUGUUGCGAAUGUGGUAGUGUUUGUAAGAGAAUGACCAUUAGUGAGCAUCUGUAUUUGGUGCAAACCGUGCACUAUAUCUGGCUUAUUGUCACAUGCUGAAAAGACGGCGCAUUCCAAUAAAGGACCAUGGAUGUACA